UUCCUACCAGCGGCUUUAAGUUCCAACUCGGAACUCGUUGAUGCCCUUUUCCCUCUGACGACUUCAGCUCGCACGGAGCUUGUUUGCUGCUUCGACAGCAGCCAUGGCCGUCGGCAAGAACAAGCGUAUUUCCAAGGGGAAGAAGGGAGGCAAGAAGAAAAUUGUCGAUCCUUUCUCCAAGAAGGACUGGUAUGACAUCAAGGCACCCAACACCUUCACGCAGAAGAAUUUGGGGAAGACUCUCGUCACUAGGACCGCGGGAACUAAGAUUGCCUCCGAUGGGUUGAAGGGACGUGUGUUCGAGGUCUCGUUAGCCGACUUGCAGAAUGAUGAAGAUCAGGCUUUCCGCAAAAUCAAGCUGAGGGCCGAAGAUGUCCAGGGCAAGAACGUUCUUACAAAUUUUUGGGGCAUGGACCUCACCACCGACAAGCUGCGCUCCUUAGUACGAAAGUGGCAGAGUUUGAUUGAGGCUCACGUUGACGUGAAGACCACUGACAACUACAUGAUCCGCAUGUUCUGUAUUGCCUUCACUAAGAAGAGGCCGAACCAGAUCAAGAAAACUUGCUACGCUCAGACGAGCCAGAUCCGUCAAAUCAGGCGCAAGAUGCGAGAAAUUAUGGUGCGUGAAGCUCAGUCUUGUGACUUGAAGGAAUUGGUUGCCAAAUUCAUUCCUGAGGUCAUCGGGAAGGAGAUUGAGAAAGCAACUCAGGGCAUCUACCCACUUCAGAACACUUUCAUUAGGAAAGUGAAGAUCCUUAAGGCUCCGAAGUUCGACCUUAUGAAGUUGAUGGAGGUCCACGGAGAUUACAGCGAGGAAGUCGGUGCCAAGAUCGAGAGGCCAGUUGGAGAUGAAGCAGAACCUGCAGCUGAGGCUGCCCCAGUUCCUGGAGCUUAAGUUUUGGUUUUGGUUACGUUCUUGCCUCAAACGUCCCUUUUACAGAGAAGGUUGGCUUAUGCAAACUGGUAGAGCUUAUGUUUUAUACGGUUUGGGAAGCAUUUUCAAAGCUUCUCUAUCAAUACAAUGAUUGAAAAUGUCGUCAGGUGUGCGAUGGACAUGUUUUUC